AUGUCACAUGUUGGAAAUAAUAAUGUCUUAUCUCGUCUUAACAUUCGUGCGUCGGCUGUCUGCAAGGCCUGGUGUAAAGCGGCUGAAUCUAUUCGGGUUGUGGAAAAGCAUCAAUGGGUUAUCACCUUUCUGAAACAUGACGACUUGACUAUCCUAUUUGAUCCAUUGGAACGGAAGAAGUACACACUGAAUUUACCUGAGUUAGCUGGAACCGAUGUUUGUUACUCGAAAGACGGAUGGUUGCUGAUGCGAAGAUCUAGUUUAGUAGACAUGUUCUUCUUCAACCCUUAUACUCGAGAGCUUAUAAACUUGCCAAAGUGUGAGUUGUUCUUUCAGGCAGUUGCUUUCUCCUUGGGCCCUACAUCAGGUACUUGUGCGGUAAUAGCAUUAAGACCUUUUACAAGAUUUAUCAUCCGUAUAAGCAUUUGCUACCUUGGAGCAACAGAGUGGAUUACUCAAGAUUUUUUCCGAAACAUGACGACUUGACUAUUCUUAUCAAUUCUUUGGAUUCAAGUUAUCUUUUAAGCAGACGCACAAAUGUUAUCUUUUAAUACAAGAUAAGACAUUAUUGUACAUAUUUCCCUAAAUUCGUCAAAUCAUGUACAUAUUAUGUGGC